GGUGCCAGGGCUGAUCAAGCAGUGUAAUUUUAUACAUUACUGAAUCAGUGCAGGAGAAACCUGGAGGGACAAAGCAUCAUCUUCUCUUUGGACUGCACUGUAAAAUCCUACAGCUCUCUCAGCCCAGCCAUGCUCUGAGACAUUUUUUCCUCUGCUUUUUUCUGAUUUUGGUGUGAAUGAUAAAGUGAUCUGAUGAUGGCUCUCGUUAUGGAACCUAUUAGCAAGUGGACGCCCAAGCAAGUAGUGGAUUGGAUGAAAGGCCUUGACGAUUGCCUCCAGCAAUACAUAAAAAACUUUGAAAGAGAGAAGAUCAAUGGGGAACAGCUGCUCCACAUCACCCAUCAGGAGCUUGAGGAGCUGGGAGUCACUCGCAUUGGCCACCAAGAACUGAUACUGGAAGCAGUUGAUCUGCUGUGCGCAUUGAAUUAUGGUUUGGAGACUGAAAACCUGAGAACUCUCUCUCACAAGCUGAAUGCCUCAGCCAAAAAUCUGCAGAACUUUAUAACGGGUAGAAGGAGGAGUGGCCAUUAUGAUGGCAGGGCCUCUAGACGACUGCCAAAUGAUUUUCUUACCUCUGUAGUUGACUUGAUUGGUGCUGCCAAGAACUUGCUGGCCUGGCUGGACAGGUCUCCAUUUGUUAGUGUAACAGAAUACUCACUGCUGAAAAACAACAUUGUUCAACUGUGCCUGGAACUAACAACCAUUGUGCAACAGGAUUGUACAGUGUAUGAAACAGAAAAUAAGAUUCUUCAUGUGUGUAAAACCUUGUCUGGGAUUUGUGACCACAUCAUUUCUCUCUCAUCUGAUUCUCUGGUGUCACAGUCAGCACAUCUUGAGGUGGUUCAUCUCACCAGCAUUAUGCCCAGUGAGGGUCUGGGAAUGUACAUCAAAUCAACAUAUGAUGGACUGCAUGUAAUCACAGGAACAACUGAAAAUUCUCCUGCUGACCAGUGUAAGAAAAUCCAUGCUGGUGAUGAGGUGAUCCAGGUCAAUCAUCAAACUGUGGUUGGCUGGCAGUUAAAGAACCUGGUAAAUGCAUUGCGGGAAGACCCGAACGGAGUGAUUUUAACCUUGAAAAAACGUCCUCAGAACACCCUGGUUUCUGCUCCUGCCCUUCUGAAGAACGUGAGGUGGAAGCCUCUUGCACUUCAGCCUGUAAUUCCAACCAGUCCAACAAGCAGUUCUACAACACCAACAAGUACAAUGGGCAUAUCCUCCAAAAUGGAGAACUCUGCACUUCAAGAUGUUUUCAUUCUGUCUCCAAUGUCAGGUCUUUAUGGCCCCAGGGAUGAAAUUGGAAUAAUGUCUUGUGAUGACAUCAGCAAAUUUGGAAAGUCUGGGAUGAAAGGCUCUGAGUCUCCAAGCUACUUUCUGGAGCAUGAAAGUGGGAAGUACUACACCUUAAUUGAAGGUGAAGGCCACCCAGUGGGCUCUGAGUAUGAGAGAAGCAGAGCUCCAGGGGUGCGGAGAAGAGAGAAAACUCCCACUCAUGGAGAUUUGAGGCCUGUUUCUAUGCCUACUGAAUACAGCUGGAUAGGGGAGUCAAAAGAACAAAACAUGUACAAGAGGGGAAGCAGAGGUGAGAAUUCACUCCUGCGGUAUCUGAGCGAUGACAAGAUACUGGUUAUCCAGGAAGAGCCUUUGACGCAGAAAGACAACAAACGGGACACAGGUCGUAGGUCACGAAAAAAGGGCAAACCCACAACCAGUGCAAACUACCCAAUUAGCUCCUCUGUGUUGACAUCUACUAUCAAUGUGAGGCUUGAACCUGGGCAGCAAGAUGUCUUGAAUUUCUCACUAGCAGAAAACAAUACUGUUCCACUUUAUCACUGUCUGCAAUAUGGAAAACCUUGUUUUCCUAACUUGCAGAGAGCAGGGGACACAGUCAGUGGAGACACUGAAAGAUAUGCAAGUUCUGCCAUUGACCAUCAAGGAAGCACAUCCAUGAGGAAGUCAUUCCAUUACGCCUCCCUCAGGGUAAAAAGCAGAAAAUGGUCGAAAGGGAGCUCUCUAACGAGUGGGAGCAGAAGACGCAUUUCCUGCAAAGACUUGGGGCAUGGAGAUUGUGAAGGUUGGCUGUGGAAGAAAAAAGAUGCCAAAGGUUAUUUCACACAGAAAUGGAAAAAGUACUGGUUUAUUCUGAAGGAUUCGUCCUUGUACUGGUACACAAACCAGAAUGAUGAAAAAGCAGAAGGAUUCAUUAGUCUACCUGAGUUCAGGAUAGACAGAGCAAUCGAAUGCAGACGAAAACAUGCCUUCAAAGCAUGCCACCCCAAAAUAAAGAGCUUCUACUUUGCAACAGACUGCCUUGAAGAAAUGAAUAGAUGGAUGAAUCGUUUGGGUCUGGCAGCAAUUGGUUACACACCUGAUGACAAGGAUAUCCAUCCAGAUGAAGAUUACUGGAGUGAAAGCGACCAGGAUGACAUGGAGGGCUCUCUAACCCUGAAGCAGGAAGGCUCCUCAACACUGUGUGACACCUACCAUCGAACACCCUCAGUGAAUUCUUCAAGCCCCUUCCCUGAAGCCAAGCACGGCCGACACUUCUCAAGCGAAUCAACGUACUCUCACUCUUCUGCAGAGGACUCUCGCCAAGACGUAGCAGGCAGCACGCACUCCUCAGGGUGCAGGCCUCCCUACCGAGAAAGACGCUCCUGGCAGGAUCUGAUAGAGACUCCACUGACCAGUUCAGGGCUCCACUUCCUGCAGACUGUUCCUCCUGAGGCAGAGUACACGAGCAGCCAGCCUGCAAUGUCACCAGACAAACGAAGACAAGCCACGCUGCCAGUGCAAAGGCGCCAUAACUACGAGCAGGAUGGGCCCUUCCCUUUGGUGGAAUGUCAAAGGGGACACAGCUCCCACAGCAGGCCACAAAAGCAACGCAGCCAAAGCCUUCCCCGAAACAGAGAUGUCAGGGGUAAGGGGUGUGUAAAGUCCAUAGAAGGAACAGAUGACCAGCUAGAAGAGAAAGUUCCUAUUAGAAGGCAUAAUAGUUUCUGUGCAGAAGAAAACAUAAAAGAAAUUGGAGAAAAUACAGAUGGCCUGCAGGAGCUGUACAAAUCCCUGGAGCAAGCUAGCCUGUCAGCUUUUGGAGAGCAGCGCCCUUCCACCAAGCAGGAGUUCCGCAAGUCUUUCGUAAAGCGAUGCAAUGAUCCGGUGAUCAAUGAAAAGCUUCACCACAUCAGAGUUCUCAAGAGCACUUUGAAAGCCAAGGAAGGGGACCUCACAGUUAUCAACAGCCUGCUGGACGAACCCAACUUAACAUCAAAGAAGUUUAAAGAUUGGAAAGUAAAGAACUAUGAGUUUUUCCUGGACAUUUGUGAGUACAGUGCUGCUGUGAAAUCUCAGAACGGAGCCUCUGACCUUGCAAGCUCAGCGCCAAUGCUGACACACACGCACUCCUUCAUUGAAACUCACGUGUGACAGGACCUGGGUCCUGAGGCGUUGCUGGGUGCCGCCACAAACCGAGUAAGACAAACACUGUACUAUUUAUUGGUGACGUACUCAGCAGUACUGUAAAUACAUUGGGUAAGAGAAUAGUGCCACAGGAUGCCUCCUACAUUGCAUGAUAAGACAAUAAUAUUCCUUAUGAAGCUUUUUUUGUUUGCUGUUCUCAACCGCUGUCCGUAUCAAGCUCUGCAUUAGAAAGAACCGGUGCAGAAGUGUAACUGAAGAUAAAAACCAGUAUGUUCAAAGUACUGUAAUAAAACUAAGCUUAUAGUAUCAGCUCCUACAAUCAUUUUAUAUAUUUAGAUAUACAUCAAGACAUAUCUAUGUAUAUAAAAUGUAAGGUGGCAGUUGACAUUUACUUUUAAAAUUCCCUAAAGUUCACAUUUCCACACAUCUUUUCUGGAGAAAAGUAGAAAACGAAAACAGCUCAACUGGCCACCCUUAGCAAGGAACCUUUAGUUUUGCAACAUUUCCAGGCAGUCACCAUCUUUGCAAAUACAAGGACAGAGGUAUCAAAAUGUAAACUCAAUCCCUGUAGUGUGCCUUAAAAUGUACACUGUACAUCUAGCAAAUAGCCCCCACUCUGGCCCUAUGGGCAUACUGUACACACCAUUUAGAUACUGUGUUUGUCACAGCCUGUGCCUGCCUUCACAAGCAAUGGGGAGAAGCCAGCGGGUGCGGCACAGGGCUUCAGAUAGGAGCAGAACAAUGGUGGUUGCUCACUAAUGCUGCAACUUAAACUGAUUUUAAUAUGAUUUGAAGUAUUUCAUGGUGAAAGGAAAAACAUCUGCGCUGGGUACGCUACACACUGCAGGUUUUCAUGGUUUCUUCACUGUGAAUUUAAGUGACACGUGACUGUGAGUCACAACAUUCAAACCCGCUCUGAUGCUUCAAGGAUGAGAAUGGAGUUGAAUGAAAUCCUGAUCUAGUCCAUUAAAUUCUGUACUAGACUGACAUCUAGAGCUGAGUAAAGUAUUCAAGAUUACGUAAUGUCUGGCAAUAAUUUUUAACUCUUAGUAGUACAUCAGCAAGUGGCUGAAGUUACUCAAACCAAGCUGUACAGAUUGGUUCGGGGAGACACUCAAGUCACUCAAUGUAUUUCACUUCCUUGCCUGGAUGAGAGUGAUUUCCAAGAACAAGGUUUUGGUGAAAAUGCUUGUAUU